AGUGAGGGACAAGAAUGAGUUAUGCAGAAAAACCCGAUGAAAUCACGAAAGACGAGUGGAUGGAAAAGCUCAAUAACUUACACAUCCAGAGAGCCGACAUGAACCGCCUGAUUAUGAACUAUCUUGUUACAGAGGGCUUUAAAGAAGCAGCAGAGAAAUUUCGAAUGGAGUCGGGGAUUGAGCCCAGCGUUGAUUUAGAGACCCUGGAUGAAAGAAUAAAAAUCCGAGAGAUGAUCCUCAAAGGUCAGAUCCAGGAAGCCAUCGCACUAAUCAACAGCCUUCAUCCGGAAUUGUUAGACACAAACCGGUAUCUUUACUUCCAUUUGCAGCAGCAGCAUUUAAUCGAGUUGAUUCGGCAACGGGAGACAGAAGCCGCCCUUGAGUUUGCUCAGACGCAGCUAGCAGAACAAGGGGAGGAGAGCAGAGAAUGCCUGACGGAGAUGGAACGCACUCUGGCUCUGCUUGCUUUCGAUAACCCCGAGGAGUCGCCCUUUGGAGACCUGCUCAACAUGAUGCAGAGGCAGAAAGUGUGGAGCGAAGUGAACCAGGCUGUUCUAGACUACGAAAACCGUGAAUCGACACCCAAGCUGGCGAAAUUACUGAAGCUACUACUGUGGGCUCAGAACGAGCUGGACCAGAAGAAAGUAAAAUAUCCCAAAAUGACAGACCUCAGCAAGGGGACGAUUGAGGAGCCCAAGUAGAGCGUGUGCAGGUGGACACUCAACCCUCGGAACUGCACAGUUAUAUACAUUUUUAAUCAGUCUGUGACUGAAAUAUUUUUACUACAGUUCAGGACUUCGCAGUUUGGUUGUGUGUGGGGUUUCUUUUUUGUUUUGUUUUGUUUCUUGGCAAGCAUACUCAAAGGGAGGCGGGUCCCUUUUUAAAUGCAGCAAGCAAGCAUUGGGGGAAAAAGCAUCGUGUCACUUUGACCAUCUGACUUAGGCUAUGCACUGUCAUACAUUCUUAGCAGAAACAAAACAUGGCGCGCGCUCUCUCUUUUUAAAAAUAUAUAUAUAUAUAUACUGUGCUGAAGGUUUGUAAUGGCUGGCUACCAAGCUCACUUUGGUGGCCUGCGAAUUAAUGUUGACGCUCUAGGCGACUCUCCAGUUCAAUUUAACCUUGUCUUCUCACUUGCAACAAUGACUCUUUUCUCUGUGUUAAUUUAUAGCCAGACGAGCAUUCCCUAUUUAAAGACUUUAGCGGUCGGUCGAGUGAUCUUUUUGUGAAACCUCACGGCAGCGAUUGUUUUCUGCAUAGGAUAUAUAGCGUAGAAAGCUUGUAUGCUGUGAUAGAAGGUAACCUCCCCCCUGCUCCUGCUUUUCACACCUUGGUGACUUAUUUAUAUAUGGGGAUGAAUGUUAAUGAUGGGCCUAGUUCUCUCAAGUAUUGCUGACAAAGGUGGUGGGUCGUGUGUGCCCCCCCCCCCCCCCGUCCCCCGGUAAUUUUCAAGGCUGACCAAAAUAGCCCCUGAAACAAGACUCCAGAAUUAGGUUUUCUUUUCGCCACUUUUAGUUUGAUUCCAGUUGCAGUCAUUGUAUGGGUGAAGAUGGCAGCUGCAGCAUUAAAAACAGCAAGUGUGUGUUAAGCUGUUGGAAACAUUCUCAGUGCCGAUCCUCUAGAAAAGCACGGCAUUCCUUUUGGCUCUAGCGGGGGAGUAACUUUUACUUCUCUCUGGUAAAACGGAGCUUUAGGUUUUACAGACCUCUUCCUGAAUUCCUAUUUUAUUCUGAUGUGAUUACGGUGAUGUUUGUAGGGCUGGCUUGCCUCCCUGACAGCCUGAGUUAAAUGUGCCACAGUAUGAGGUGUGUUAGGUGGCAGAAUGGGCUAUAUACCAUGUCAGACCACAGGUGGAGGAUCAAGUUUUGGAAUCUUUUCCUAGCUUUUUUUUUUAAUUUAAUGCUCUGCAAAUAGAAAAAUCAUACCAGAAAGAAAAUGGGAGGAGGUAGAACCCCCCCUCAAAAAAACCUGUGUUUUCAGUUUUCAUGGAAUGCAUUUUUGUUGUUGUUGUAAAGCAGCAUUUGGAAACUGGGAUCCGCUGUCUGCAGUAGCGCCAUCCGUGCAGCCUCCUGCCGCUUCAAACUGCUGAAUGCCUAAACUAGGCUUUAGUUCCAUGGAAGCUCUCUGGAUUCAGAUGCCGCAUUGGUCAUGUCUUUGCGUAGCAUCCCAUACCCUCAAAAGCACGUACGGCCGCCACCUUAAAAGCAUGACAUACUGGCUGGGUGGUCUUCGGUGUCACCGCCCGCUAGCUGCAAGACUGCCGUCCCAAAUGCCCAACUUUUAUUUUGCAGAACUGUUGGGACAACUGACCAGGACGGCAGAAGAAAGUAAUAAGAAUGGCUGCCCGGCAGCUCUGGGAUGUGCAUAUUCUCUACUCUGUGCCGUCCCUGCAAAUCUUGUUAAUUCCAAUGAUACAUUUAGGAGCUGCUGAUGUGACUCGCACAGUGAAGGCGGUAGCCAUUAUAUAUUCUGCCUCGGAAGCCCCCGCAGAACUACUUCUAGCUGCCUGGGUUUGAAUAUUAAACUUUGGGCAUAAUCAUACAGAAAUGGGUUUUCGUGCAGGCUUCAGGGAAAUGGACACAGAUUGGAGGGGGGGGUUGUUGCUGAGGGGUUGGGUUGGAUCUGGCAGAUCCAUGUAGCAAUAUUUUUCUCCAGUGAUAGGAGCCCCCCCCGGGAAGCUUUUCGCCCUCUAGGAAGGGCUCCUCCAACCAGGAAAAAGCAUCGUCUUCUUGCGAAACCUAUGGUCUUUUGGAGUACCGUUGAAUACUUAUUGCUUGCAGGCAGCAUGAUUUUGGGGGAAAAGCAGUCGUAUAGGCUGUAGAAGUACAACAGUGUCGGGUAUAUAACUGUCUUUUCCCCCUCCAUUCUUGGCUGCAACAUGCAGUCUGAAGCUUGUUAAAAAAAAAAAAAGCUUCAGAGUUCAGCUUUCUUGCAUAAAACCGAACAGGACGUGUAUUUGUGACAUUUUUCCUUGCUGGUGUACAGCCCCACUUCAGAGGGUUCCUGUAUGUUCAGAGCGCUACGCUGAUUCCAUGAAUGCACAAAUAACUGGAACUUUUCACUAUCGCGUUUAAUUCAUUAACUUCCAAGCCAAAUAUGUGUGUGUGGGGGGGUCCCCCCCCCCAAGGGUUUAAACAUAACGUUAUGUUAGGUGUACGAUUUCAUUUGGGUUUUGUAACACAUCACACACUGAAGCAGCUUUAACCUAUAGAGAUUUUUUUUUUUUUGGUGCGGUAACAGAGAGAAAUAUUUAAAAUGGUAUGAAAGAAAGCUAUGCAUUUUACAGAAAGUUCAAGGGUGUAGUCCCGGCGGUACUCUUAAGGGAAUCUUUAUAUUCGUGUGUAUAUAAAAUAGUUUGCAUAUACGGAAUAUAUAAUCAGUUUUGAAUUAUUCUCAAAUGGGAGAGGCUGUGGAAAAUGUAACUUGUGGAAAUAACUGUACCCAGGAAACAGUCCUCAGUACAUAAAACGAAUUUGUCAUAUGCAUGAGAAAUGUCUUAUUUGGUGGCUAUGGCUGAACGGUCGCAAUUUUGUUAGCUCCAUAAUGUUAGAUUACCACUCUUACCUGCUUAGCAUUAAAUACCACUUUG